GUGCCGCUGGUGCAGACCUUCGGGCACAUGGAGUUUGUGCUGAAGCACAAAGAGUUUGCGCAUCUCCGGGAGGUGAAGGAGUUUCCCAACGCCCUCAACCCACACAAGGAGGAGUCGCGGGCACUGGUCAGAGCCAUGAUUGACCAAGUCAUGGCACUGCACGAGGACUUAAAAUGGUUUCACAUCGGAUGUGAUGAGGUCUACUACCUCGGUGAAGGAGAGGAGUCAAAGCAGUGGCUGCAGCAACAAGACAACACUCCAGAGAAGCUGUGUUUAUCCCACAUAAAAGCAGUUGCAAGUUGUGUGGCCUUGUCUUACCCCACUGUGACGCCCAUCGUGUGGGAUGAUAUGCUCAGAGGGAUAAGUGAGGAGACAUUGGCAGAAUCUGGGCUCCCGCAGCUUGUGCAACCAAUGAUCUGGGACUAUGCAGCAGAUCUCGACGUGGAGGGCAAAGUGCAUCUCAUAGAGAAGUAUCGUAGAUGCGGCUUCUCCAAGGUGUGGUUUGCUAGUGCUUUUAAAGGGGCUACAGGAGUGAAUCAGUCUCUAACGCUUAUUGGACACCACUUAAAAAACCAUCUUCAAUGGCUGGAAGUGGCAAGCAAUAGCCCUGCGGAUGUCCUUGAAGGUAUUGCGCUGACCGGCUGGCAAAGGUACGAUCACUUCUCUGUUUUGUGUGAGCUUCUUCCUGUGGCAAUUCCAUCACUGGCUGUAUGUCUGCAGGCACUAAAGAAUGGUGGCUACUCUGAAAAGAUUAAAGAAAAUGUGGAAAAGCUCCUGGGAAUGUCCAACCUGGAAACUGAUACUUUCAUGAGUCUGGGGACCUUUCCUGGGAGCAAUAUCCUUACACUUGUGACACAAGUGAGUUUCUACCUCAAGUCAUCAGUGGAUGAACUUCUUGAAAGGAACAGAUACGUCACAGGCUGGUUCAGCCCCUACCACAGAAAAAGGAAGAUUAUUCAUCCUAUAAUAAUGCAUCACUUUCAGCCAGAUGCAGUCAGUCUUCUCUCCAAGUGGAACGCCGUGGUGCGAGACCUCCAAGCAGCCAUGGAGCACGUUUUCCACAAGUGUACUGUAGAGGAGUGGAUGGAGGAGAACGUCCACCCCAGCCUACAGAAGCUGCAGCAAGUGGUGGAUGAUUUAGAUAAAGCAAUAAAAGCACAAAAUUAGGGGCAUUUCAAUUAGGCUGUCUUAUUUCCUGGGAAAACAAGGCUGGUGGAAAUCCGCAACUACUCAUAUAGCUAGAGUUUGUCAUCUUAAGAUUUGAAGCAAGAACUGUGAUUAAACAAAAGUGACCUGAAGGCAUAAAGGAAUUUAUUUGUGUAAUAAGCUGCAAGUCUAAUUUUCCUGUCUUAACACAUUAUUGAGCCUUAAAUCACCUGCCCGGUAAGUCAGAUUUGCUCCCCUUGCGUCACAGAAUGCAGGAGUGAGUCAGUCAGAACUCAGUUAUAUUACAAGGCAGGAGAAAAAUCUAGUUUCUUCCCCAUUCAGUAUUUGUAGUAAUAAGACUUUCUUAUGUUACAAUGACCUGGAAAAGUUCCACAAGUUCUACUUUAGUCAGUAGCCAGCAUGUCCUCCCUUUGCAAUUUCCGUAAAACAACAGAUUUAGGAUACUUCAAACAUGCUUGAGGUCCUUACAGGCUGUACUGUGACUCACUCCUCUCAGAUAUGUUCAGAAAUGCAUCCUGCCAUUCUGUCAUGACAAGUCUUUCCACAGCAUAUAGCAGUUGAUUUGUUCAAUUUUGUUUUGGACUUUUUCAGUCUUGAAAAAUACAUAAAACCCUUGGGUCUAAAUCCAGCUUUGAUUAGCUUGAGAUCAGGAAAUGAACAUCCAGCUUUUUGCAGAAGUCUGAGCAAGGAACCACUGUCUAGCUGCUUAUGGGGUUACAGCAGAUGCACGAAAGAACACAACAGAGCAAGAGGCAGCUAUGGAAAAGGGGCUUGUUGCCAGUAGCAAAAGUGACACAGGUAUUUUUAGGGAAAACUGCCUUAACACCUUGGGCUUCCUGACAUCUUACCACAGCAUCAUUUAAGCUCCGCAUAGUUCCAUGCCCCCAGAAAAGCACCAUCCCAGUCACUUCAAGGCAUCUGCUUCACCCUGUAAAACCAGAGACUGCAGGUUCAUCCAGAUCUAAAGCAUGACUAAAGUCUACUGAGUAUGUGGGGAAAAUGCUGUUUUUUUCUGCUUUCAUGUUGAACUUUUAAUAAUAUAUAGCAAUAUAUUUUGUGGACUUAACUGGAGCCUUAAUAUGAUCACCACAAGGGAAAAUAAUUCAAAAGUCUGUUACUUAAGUGCAUUACCAUGAAUAUUCAAAGUAUUCUUUACUUGUUUGCUUCAUUUAUUGCUUUCUUAAAAGUCUUACUUUGGAAGCACAGGUAUGAAAUUUUCUUGGAGCAAUCUAUUAUAGAGUAUAGCUCUAGAUAAGUAGUACAGCAUAAGACAAAUCUAACUUAAUGAGCUACAAGAGUUAGGUCCACAUGCAGAUUAUUUUAUCUAAAAAGAAUCAAUUGAUACGUAUACCUGAAUUACAGAAGUCCCAUACCUUGACCUAAGCAAGAUCUUAA